UGGCGCUUUCUUGUCUUGGGGCUAAGGAUUUUGGACACGUUUUCCUUUACAGGAAUAUGCGACUCCUCAUGCAGACAAGACGUCGUAAAUCAGCUCAUCUGCAGCACUAACUCCUCUGGACCCACAGUCACUUAGGUUAGAGUGACACACGAAGCUCUGGGCUGAAUUCACCCAACUUUUUUCCACCGCAGCAGCAGCAGCAGCAGCCACCGACCCUCCGCAGCUCCUCGGCGCACCGUGCUGACUCUGCAGAAGGAAAUCACCGUGGAAGUCUAAAUUUCUCAGCUAACUCCUCCAGGGGCAGGAGUUCCGUGUGGAUCCGCUCCGAAACGCGUCUCCAACCGACGCGCGUUUUUACCUCCGCCGUGAUUCUGCGACUCCUUCGGAAUAACAGUAAUAAUAAACACAUCACAAAGACGUAAACACUGACAUAAAAGUGCCUUUUCACGCCUAACGUGUCGCACUAAAAACUGUUAGAAACAUCAGCGCAGAGUUUUCUGAGCUAAAGAGCAGAGAAACACUCAGCAGGACUGAAAGACCAAAAAGUUCCCCACUUGAGGGCGAAAUCCGACUUUUUUGACGACACCAACUUUGAAAAGUGCCAGGAUCUCCGGGGUCUGUCAGAAACAACAUGCAGCAAUGUCCAAGGAGGCAGAGUUGGAUGUGAGAGGCAGCGAGUGUGUCACAGUCCCACCGGAGCCCAGCAAAGACCCAGAGCCACCCCGGCCACCUUCAGCUCAGAGUAACAGACCCACCAGCACAGCUGGCGUGUGUGUGAGCAUCCCCUCCAGCAGCAGCAGCAGCGGCAGAAGUGAUCUGGGUGGCAUUAGCAUUGUUAGCAGCAGCAGCAGUGCUGAGGGAGCAGGCGAAAGCUCCAUGCAGUUCAGCACCAGACCGCCUAGUGCUGAGCAGCCGGGCUUCAUGGGGACAUGGCAGCAGCAGAGCACUGACAGCAACCUCCUCUACAGAAUGUCCCAGCAGGCCAUUCGCUGCACACUGGUGAACUGCACGUGUGAGUGUUUCCAGCCUGGAAAGAUCCACCUUCGAACAUGUGACCAGUGCAAACACGGCUGGGUGGCUCACGCUCUGGACAAGCUCAGCACCCAGCACCUCUACCACCCGACCCAGGUGGAGAUCGUUCAGUCCAAUGUCGUGUUCGACAUCAGCAGCUUGAUGCUGUACGGCACCCAGGCGGUUCCCGUCAGGCUCAAGAUCCUCCUGGACCGCCUCUUCUCCGUGCUCAAACAGGAAGAGGUGCUGCAUAUCCUGCACGGCCUGGGCUGGACCCUCCGAGACUACGUCAGGGGCUACAUCCUGCAGGAUGCUGCAGGCAAGGUGCUGGACCGCUGGACCAUCAUGUCCCGUGAAGAGGAGAUCAUCACCCUGCAGCAGUUCUUGCGCUUUGGUGAGACCAAGUCCAUUGUGGAGCUUAUGGCUAUUCAGGAGAAAGAAGGUCAGGCAGUUACUGUUCCCUCGUCAAAGACAGACUCUGGGAUUAGAACAUUCAUUGAAAGUAAUAAUCGGACCCGCAGCCCCGGGCUCUUGACACAUCUGGAAAACAGUAGCCCAUCCAGCAUUCACCAUUUUGAAAAUAUUCCCAACAGUUUAGCCUUCCUCCUACCAUUCCAAUACAUCAACCCAGUCUCUGCCCCCAUGCUUGGCUUGCCCCCAAACGGCCUCCCAAUGGAGCAGUCUGCCCUACGGCUUCGUGAGCCCAGCUUACCAAACCAAGGCGAACAUGUGGAUACCAGUGAAUCAGAUGUGUCUCUGUCCCCCUUUCGCACCGGUCAGAGCCCAAGUCGAGGGGUACUGGGAGCCAUUAACAACACUGAACCUAAGACAGAACCAAGCAACUGUGCGUCACCUAUCUCACCAACCCCUUCCACCCAGCAAGCUCAACAGCAGCAGCAGCAGACACAGCUCCAGCAACAACAGCAGCAGGGUCAACAGCAAUCUCAGAGUCAGUCUCAACAAGCCAACAGCUUGAGUGAACACCAGGUCCACCAUCACUUUGUAAAGGAUGAGCCUUCUAAAACCAUCACCCAUCCUUCAUUCUCCUCCAAGAUGCAUCGAAUGCGUCGCAUGGGAGCCACCUCACGGAAGGGUCGAGUGUGCUGCAAUGCUUGUGGAAAAACCUUCUAUGAUAAAGGCACACUUAAGAUACACUACAAUGCUGUCCACUUGAAGAUUAAACAUCGUUGCACCAUUGAGGGAUGCAACAUGGUCUUCAGUUCAUUGCGCAGUCGCAACCGCCAUAGUGCCAACCCCAACCCACGGUUGCACAUGCCCAUGCUGCGCAAUAACCGUGACAAAGACCUCAUCCGUGCCAAUUCCUCUGCUGGUACACCCGUUAUCUCCAACAGCAAGAAUAGUGGUUUCACUCUCACCAGUCCUGGAAGGCCACCACUUGGGUUUACUACUCCACCAGUUGACCCCAUGCUCCAGUCCCCCCUGCAAAGUCCAUUAGUGUUCCCCACGCUGAAGUCAGUACAGCCAGUUCAGCCAGUACCCCCAUUCUACAGAACACUGGUGUCCCCAGCGGACCUCGUCAGCCCUCCAGUGUCACUGCCAACCAGUCCCAUCAUGCCCACUGCAACCAACAGCACCACCCUGAUGGACCAGCAACAACAGAUCCUGGCUGCUGUUGCUUCCCAUAAUAAUGUUCACAUGUCUGAGGCAGGUUCUCUAUCUCACCGUUUAUCUGCUGCUAGUGCCAGUCAAGACCUCACCACAAGCAACAGUGACCCCACCCCUAAAAAGAAACCACGUAAAUCUAGUAUGCCUGUAAAAAUUGAGAAAGAAGUGAUCGAUGUGGCUGAUGAUUAUGAGGAUAAAGAUGACGAUGACGAUGACAGCAUGCAUCAUAAUCAUCAUCAUCAUCAUCACCAGUCAACUCUUCUUCAUAACAACAUCAAAAUGAAUGGUAACUGUAACAGCAACAACUGUGGAAGUGGUACGGGACACCACAGUGGCGGUAGUGGGCAGCAGUCUCCCUCCCAAGAUGAGCUGAGCCCUGGUUUAGCCCUGAGAGGAAUGAUUAGACAAAGUGAGGAUGAAUGUAGGGAAGGCACUGGCAGUGAGAGUAGAGGUGGGACUUCCGAGCUACGAUGUAUGGACAGCUUUACUUCUGAGGAUCAGGACCACGAAAGAGACUUUGAAAAUGAGUCUGAAACAUCAGAUUCUAAGAUGUUCUACCGAGAUGAGCUGAUGGAUGGGGAGGAACAGCAAAAGCACAGCAGGGGUGGAAGGGGUAUGGACAAGGAGCACGAAAGCGAGAGUAACGAAGACGCACAUUUGAGAAAGGAAAUAGAUGGAAAUGGCCAUUCUUCACCUUCUCCUCACCAGCGCCCCAUCAAGAUUAAAGAAGAACUCAGUGAUCCAACAUAUGACAUGUUUUGUAUGAGUCAGUACGGUCUCUAUAACGGAGGCAUGGCAGCAGCUGCUGCUGCAGCCGCAAGCAUGGCGGCCCUGCACGAGAGCUUCAUCUCAUCAAUCGGAUAUGGUGCCAGUCCACCCAAGUUCCCUACUUCUCAAUCACCAGAGGGAGAUCCAUGUUCAAGUCCCGACCCCAAGAUCUGCUAUGUCUGUAAGAAGAGCUUCAAGAGCUCCUAUAGCAUGAAACUGCACUACAAGAAUGUGCACCUCAAAGAGAUGCAUGUGUGUACGGUGGCUGGUUGCAACGCUGCUUUCCCUUCCCGGCGAAGCCGAGAUAGGCACAGCUCCAACAUCAACCUGCACCGCAAACUGCUGACCAAAGAGCUGGAUGACAUUGUCCUUGACCCUCAACUCACACCACUGCCCAAGGACCUGCGAGCCGAGUUUCUGGCCAAGAUCUACACUGGGCACCACAUGGGUUUGGACCCAAUGACCAGGAUGGGCAUUGGAGGCGCCAGCCUUGGGCCCCCUGGUCUAAACUUCAGUGCCCGCUCCCUCAUGAGCAAUGAAUAUCCCCAUCAUCCCUUCAACCAAGACCUUAAAAACCAUCACAUCAACAGCCUCUUCCGGGGCCAGCCGGAUGACUACGUGGUGCUGGACCUGAGCACCACAUCCAGUGUACAAUCCAGCAGCAGCAUCCACUCCUCUCAUGAGUCAGAAGAAGGCAGUGACGAAGGCAUCUUGUUGGAUGACCUGGAGGAGGAAGGAGAAGAGGAUGAGGAGGAGGGCAACAGUGACGGAGAGGACUACUCCCAGCGUUUCAGGGGGCAGGCUGAAGGGGGACUUCAGGAUGAGGCUGGAGAACUAAAAGACGGAGAAGACGAGGGACUGGACUCUUCCUCGUCGCCAUUCCUUCUCUCAUCCACUGGGGGCAGCAAUGGCAGCAGCAGUGGGAUCCUCUGUAACAUCUGCCACAAAAUCUACAGCAACAAAGGAACCCUGCGCGUGCACUACAAGACUGUGCACCUGCGCGAGAUGCACAAGUGCAAAAUUCCUGGUUGCAACAUGGUGUUCAGCUCCGUGCGCAGCCGUAACCGGCACUCUCAGAACCCAAACCUUCAUAAAAACACGCCCUUCUCUACAAUAUUAGACUGAAGAACGAAUCACAACGUGUCCCUCCUGCUGGUCUGCCUGCUCCUCCAUUCAUUUCUCAUUCUUAUUCCUUCUCAGAUGAGCUUUUAACCCCAGUUCAGGACCAUCAAAUGCAAGCCUGUAUGCCUCUUUGUCCAUUCUUUUUAAGUCAUCACAAAACAUUACGAUCUCCAUGUAUAAAAUGGACUGACUUUAAAUGCAGCUCAUCGCCGCGUCCUCGACUUAUCCACCUGUGGAAGAACAGGACGCCGCUCACAGAUAUGGAGGAUGCUUUAUAACAAAACUCCAGGUAUUUUUCUCAUGAGGAUCCACCGUUUACUCCUCUGCCCUCUUUGUGUUUAUGUCCAAAGAAUCCAUCAAACUCUUAUUUGUGACUUUGCCUGCAGAAACAAUAGUACUGAGAAAAAAAAGAGAAAAACAAUUCUUGUUGUAUUUGUGUAAUGAUAACUUUUAAAUGGACCCCUUACAAAAGCAUGACAGCUCCAUUUGUAAAUAAUGUCCCAAGAGGCUUUUGGUGUAAGAGUUGUGUUGAUGGUUGUUUGCUUCCUUUUUUUCUCUCCUUAUUGGUUUUAUGUUACAGUACAAUGCUUCCAGCUAUAGACAAGAAAGAGUAGCAUCCUAAAACCAGGACUCUUUUACGUUAGCUUCACAGACAAAUUUUAAAACGAGUUCUCGGCAUUGAAAAAAAUCGUAAAAAAAAAAAGAAAUUACCAUGUGAAUUGUUUUAAAUGCUUGUUAGAUAUUUAGAGGUUGCCGGCAUGCUUUUUUAGGCUCUUACACUGAUAUAAUUUCCUGCAUUUCAAUUUUUUUUAUUUUUCUUUUUUUGCCGUUUCUUUAUGAUCUUUAGUAUACCAAUUUAGUUUUUGCACUUUGCAUCUAUACAGGGGGAUGUGUAAUAAUAUUUUGAGGAUUUUUGCAAUGGCAAAUUUGGGCAACUGGGUACCUUGUUGAGCUACACUGCAGAGAGAACAGAGAGUACUUUCUACCUGUGCCAGUUACUUUUUGCACAUGUUCAGUUUGCAACUGCAAGCUCUUAAAGGUGUGGGAUUCUGAAAACCUGUUUGUAAUGAUCAUUCCUGAAUCAUAAACAGUCGCGCUGUUUUUCAUGCAGGCUGAACGUGAACAUAGUCUUCUACUCCUAUCUACUGCAUUAGCUUCUGAUAGAAAAUAGACACUGAGGUUUGAUCUACGUCACACUGUCACUUAACGUUCAUGGACUCACCCUUCUAGACUCACAGCGGAGAAGGCUGUUGUUUUUGUUUUAACGUCCAGGAAUCAGCAGCGACUGUCUCAACUAGUAGAAGCUAACUGUUAGCAUUGGCAACUCCACUAGACAGCAGAAACUCCUCCUGACUUGUGUUACUAAGGGAGAUAAAACAUCAGUCCCGCCGUGUUAAGCUGUCCUCUGGUGUGGCAUUCUGCCACUUCCUGAAACAAGCGCACUUGAGCUUUUUUCCUCCCUGACUACGACUUGUAAGUCAUUAAUUCCUACUAGAGACCACUGCAAAUGCAUUCACCAAGCAAGUGAACCACACCUUUAACAAAAUCCAAUAUCUUUACCCAGACGUCUUAAACAGCUUGGAAAGAAAUAAGGUUCUGACUAAAGCCGGCAUCUCUCUGGCCUGCUGCUGUUCGGAACUACCUGGGAACAGCAUUUGAGUCAUGGUGGAGACGAAAAAGAAAAGGUGACAUUUGAGUGCAACUAAAUUUCAACCCAAAUCAGGAUAAAUGGUGACUAAAUGAACACAAUAUGUGUCUUUUGUGAUGAAAUGUUACGAUUUAGUCUUAGUUUUGAGACUAAAUUAAAUGCAAGCAUACAAAUUCUAGGGGGAAUCCACAGAAACUACAGCAGUCGCAGUACAGUGAGAUUUUGGCUUUUUUAAAAGGAAAAGCUGGUAUUUGGUGUGUGUCAAAAAUAAUUACAGUACGUGGCAUGUUUAGUGGGUCAAACACUCUAAUGCAGCAUUUUUAAUGCCAAAAAAUAUUUCUAUUCAGAUAAAAAAUGUAUUACCUAAACCCGAUUCAUGUUAAUGAGAGGAAAAAAACUUUGUUUUUAUUUUUUUUAAUCAGGCCAAAAACACGAUGGAAUAAAACUCCUGUUGUUCUUAAACUCUACCCCAUUGGAUCAAUACCAUGCACUUAAACCCGUUUGCUGUGAUUCUCUGCUGCAGGUUUCCAUUGCUUUCACAUUAUCCUUAAAAUAUGUUUGGAUUAUUUUUCUUUAGAUUAUCAUUUAUUUUUUUUGUCUCUGUGACUGACGGUACAAACACUUUAGAGUAAUUGGAUAAAGUAGCCAAGGGACAGGGGUAUUUAUUAGUGGGUGAUGUAUCAUCAAUGAGAUGUUUUUGUCCAGUACAGAGUAUUUCUUUGUGAAACACACACACACACACACACACACACACACACACACACACACACACUGCUAUAUGGUGACCUGUACAGUAUUCUUUACACCUCACAUCCAAAUCAGUGUUGAGUUCCACUUAUUUCACACUUUAGCCGUUUUGUUUAAGCGAUUUGACCCAUUCUGGUGAAAGGUUUCCUCCCUUUCUUCAAGACUCCACCUAUAGGACACAUGCGGUUUUCUGGGCCUCUGUGCUUGGAGAUAAAGCGGGCGAGACAGAGAGCUGGGGUUGAUGGAAAGGUUGCAGAGGUGGAAGGCUGACUAGGGAGGAAAGGAUGACAGCAGCGAUCAUUAAAAAUGUGCUGCUCCUCUGUUACCUGAAGGCAUGCCGCCAUUCCAGCUUCCUCUGUCUAAUAACUCACUUGUCACUUUGUUACACUGCCAGACGUCAAGGUUGCUGACAAGACUGUGACACAGACAGGAGGAGGAAAGGAAAGGAAGAGAGUCUGCUCCGAACAAUUUAAUUUGACUCAGUCAAUUGAGCUGAAUUCAAUUCACCUCUUCAUUUUCUAUCUGUGCUUAUUCUUCUUUAGGGUCGGUGGUAAUUUAAUUCACUUUUUUCCUCUCUUUUUCUCUUCCUCUUUGUCUGUCAGAGCGCAAUCAUUUAGCAACCGCCUUACCCAUUCCUUCAUCCCACUACUCACUUACCACCUCCACACGCCACGGCGCAGAUCCUACAGGGACGCGUGCUAAUAGUGUAUGCUUAAGUUCAACGGACGGCCAUGGCAUAGCAAAAAGGGAUGGGUAAUUGCCUGUUUAUCCCAAGUGAAGGAAAUUUGAGUACAGGAACCCCUGCCUUCUCCCAGGAGUGAGUUUCACUGAGGCACUUGCUGCCUCAUUCACUCAUUCAGUCCCUCUGGCUUUUGCUGCAGCAGAAAUAAAAAAAAAUAAAAUAAAAAGUGCUUCUCCGGGAACCCUGCUGACAGCUGUCUCCGCAACACAAAAACAGCCAAACACACGGCAAAGUGGCACAAAAGAAUGACUUGCUGAACUGAUGGUGAUGGAGGAGACAAAUCUGAAAGGAAAAAUGCGUUUUUAUUGUUUCAAACAGAAGAAAGCUAACAUCCUGGUAUGUAGACAACACCUAUUCGUCUGUUCUUAAUAUUCCUGCAGUACUGUUAAAUUGUAGAAUGAAAAGUCGUUCUAGCCCUGUUGUUUUCUGCCCAAUUAUCCCCUUUUUAGUGUUUUCAUUCUACAUUCACACACGUUGUGUUUGUCGCUUCCCACUUGUCGUGUAGCAGCCACCCGUCAUUUGUACCUUUAAGUUCCAAACAGGAAAAUAAAGUCACAGACGAGGCUUGUAGGGAAAAGAAAAAAGCUUAUUUAGAGUAUUGCAUGAAGCCAGUCGAACCAGCAGAAUUUAAAGCUGCACGAGUCCAGAAACAUAGCUAAAAAAGCGUGCAAGCGACAGUCUGCAGGGAGACAGCCGAGGGAGGCAGCCAGAAGGAGAUGGAACAGUUGAAAAGGACUGUACUCAGAAUCUUUUACAGCUGAAGCCUUGCAGCAGACGUCUAAUGCAACGAGGAGAAAAAUACAAACACGGGUUUUGGUGGAAAAGCUAUAAGCAAGAAAGGGUCCCCAGAAGUUACCACCAGUGGUUGAAGAUCAACACUUCCAGCCUCCUCCUCCAGAGAAAUGACCGUUAGUCUCCCUUAUCAACAAAACUCUCCAGACACACAGAUCACGGUGCAUUCUUUUUAGCCUAGUGACCACACUCCUGGACAUCAGAAACGCUUUGCUCAGAGCGCCUCACUGGCCCAAACCACUGGAGUGAAUCUUAAAUAUUUGAUUAGAGCAGCGUCAGGCAUCAAUUAUUCUGCCAUUCUGCAUGGCACAAAGAGGGAGAAACGGGAUGGCAAACGGAUGAAAACGCCUGACCUGAUCAUCGCCGUCCAGUUUGUUCAUGUCACAGAAUGAGUGAGUACAAAAAGAAGGGAGGAAAGAGGAUGAGAGGCGCAACGGCGUGCAGUUAAUGCAGCUCAUGGCACGACGUGAGGGUAAAGCUAACCAGGAUGUCAUUAGAAAUAUGCAGUUAAAAGAGAAAUACACACGAGGGUUUGUACCGAUGCCUCACUUUCAUGACUUGUGUUCUAAAAGAAUGCCAUCAUUCAUUUCAACUGGAACCUGUGAAAUGUCAAUUUUCCUGAAAACAAAAACAAAGAAAUACUGUAAAUUCACUAAAUGUUUUCCAUAGUUUUUUUUUUUUCAAAUAUAUUUUAAAGUCUUAAAGUAUAAAUAGUUUGACGAGCUGGUGUUUUGUUUUGGUUUAUUUUUUGGGUUUUUUACUUGUGUUUAUUUUGAGUAUCCGAAGCAUUAGUGUCUGUGUUUAGAAAAGCCUGUUAGAGCACUCGACGGCGUUGCAUGGCUUCAUAAUCAGAAAACAAAAACAAAGCAAAGGAGCUUGCGCCACUUUGUUGUCAAAAUGGUGAUUCAGAAGCCUCAUCAAUACUGUAUGUUACCUAAAGAGGUGUUCCCCAUGUGCAGACAGAAGGAUUUAAAAAUAAUCCUUUUUAAGAGACUUUUUUCUUUAUUUUUAGCCUUUCUUGUAUUUGUUUCUGUAUCAUAACUGUCUAUGGUUUUUGCAUAAAAUGCAUAAGGGUUUGGGGAUGUAAAUGGAAUUUUAUUCAUAUUUUGUCCAAAUACCUCUUGUAAUUUGUAUCAGAAUUCUUGUACAAUUUUUAUAUUAAAGAUUUAUCAGUCACUA